AUGAGCAACGGCCGGCCGGAACUUUUGGAGUCCGCCUGCGUCGCCGACUUCAAAAAGCAAGCCAUCAUCCCCAUCUCCCAAUACUACGCCGUCUUUCGAUUCACAAGGGACACCUCAACCAACGCCUCCACAGACAGCGUCACUUCCGGGUCAUCACCAUGCUUUCCGCUCCUCAUCCUGACAUUCUUCCGCCCGAGAAAACCAAACUGCCGUAUCAUCCCCAAGAGGCCCUUCGAAUGGUCCUCGGAGAGGGUCGCCCGGGAGUUCGUCUCCAGAUCUCGCGCAAUGUUCUACCACUCGACCAAGGACCUUCUGGGGGAGCCGUUUCGCGUGUUCUCCGACUUGGGGGAUGUCAUCAUCCUGCCGCCUGAUGCCGGCCAGGAGAUCAGGAACUACAAGCGCUCCAGCUUCGCCCAGGGGCUUAUGGAGGCGAAAUUUCAAAAACCUGCCUGCGAUCCUUCCAAAAGGCUCCAGAAUGUCGUCAAAACGAGAUUGACAAAGACCCUGGAAUGGCACGAUAUCACCCUUAAGCAGGUCAUCUUUAAAAUUGUGUCGAGUAUGUCCUCCAAAAUUUUCGUCAGCAAGCACCUGGGCCGGAUCGAGAAGUGGCUAUAG